UCUUUUCCCGCCAAAGUUAGUGUUGUUGUGAGAGGCAAAGGUUCUCGGGGAUAAACGUGCUCCAUAACAGUGUCAUAAUGGAAGGCUUUGAUGAUCCUGGCAUCUUCUUCUCCGAUAACUUUUCUACUGAAGAGCAAAAUGAUCUAAGUCAAAUCAACUUACAAACUGUAAAGAAGAAAUUUAGAGAAUUUUUGCGUGAAUUUCACGAAGGGAACUUCAAUUACAAAUACAGAGACUCUCUAAAGCGUCAUUAUAACUUGCGACAAUAUUAUUUGGAAGUAAGUCUUGAAGAUGUAGCCAGCUUUGAUGAAACCCUUGCAGAUAAACUUAAGAAAGCCCCUACAGAACAUCUCCCACUCUUUGAGGAAGCUGCGAAAGAAGUUGCUGAUGAGGUGACUGCUCCUCGACCACAGGGAGAAGAGAAGGUAGAAGACAUUCAGAUUAUGCUGACCUCUGGUGCCAAUCCUGUUGAUCUUCGCAGUCUGCAGUCUGAUGAAGUUAGCCGGCUAGUGAAAGUUGCAGGUAUUGUGGUAGCAGCAUCAGGAGUGAAGGCUAAAGCCUUGACAUUGACGGUGCAAUGCCGUUCCUGUCAAACCACCUUGACAAAUUUGCCUGUUAAGCCCGGUCUCGAAGGCUAUCAGCUACCUAGAAAGUGCAAUACGGAACAGGCUGGAAGACCAAAAUGCCCUCUUGACCCCUUCUUCAUUGUGCCAGAUAAAUGUGAAUGUAUUGAUUAUCAAGUACUGAAGCUUCAGGAAGUCCCUGAAAAUCUGCCCCAGGGAGAAAUGCCACGGCACCUCCAGCUUUAUGUUGACAGAGCUCAAUGUGAACGUGUAGUGCCUGGCAAUCGUGUAACUGUCCUCGGUAUCUAUUCUAUAAAGAAAAUUGGGAAGUCAACUAGGGGCUCACGCGACAAGGUUGCAGUAGGUAUCCGAGCCCCAUACUUGAGGGUAGUGGGUAUUCAGGCUGACCAGGAAGGACGUGGAUACACAUCAGGUGUCACUAUAUCUUCAGCAGAAGAGGAGGAAUUCCGCCGGCUUGCACAGUCAAGCAAUAUCUAUGAAAGAGUUGCUCGAAGUAUUGCCCCCAGUAUUUUUGGUUGUGAGGACAUAAAGAAAUCUGUAGCGUGUUUGUUAUUUGGCGGUUCACGUAAACGUCUUCCUGAUGGCCUAACACGAAGAGGAGACAUAAAUGUUUUACUCCUUGGUGAUCCUGGUACAGCCAAGUCACAGUUGUUAAAGUUUGUUGAGCGGGUGGCCCCUAUUGCUGUUUAUACAUCAGGCAAAGGAUCUUCUGCUGCUGGUUUAACUGCAUCUGUUACAAGAGAUCCUGUUUCACGUAAUUUUGUGAUGGAGGGUGGUGCUAUGGUGCUUGCUGAUGGUGGUGUAGUCUGCAUUGACGAGUUUGACAAAAUGCGUGAGGAUGAUCGUGUAGCAAUUCAUGAAGCAAUGGAACAACAAACAAUCUCAAUUGCAAAGGCUGGAAUUACCACUACCUUAAAUUCACGCUGUUCAGUAAUGGCUGCUGCAAACUCUGUUUUUGGCCGCUGGGAUGAUACUAAAGGAGAAGAAAAUAUUGAUUUUAUGCCUACCAUCCUCUCUCGAUUUGACAUGAUUUACAUUGUAAAAGAUGAGCAUAAUGAAGCCAGAGAUACAACGAUGGCCAAACAUGUUAUGAACGUUCAUUUAAAUGCUCUGAAGACUGCUGAGGAAACUCCUGAAGGUGAACUCUCUCUCAAGUUUCUGAAGAAGUUUAUCAGUUACAGUAGAAGCCGUUGUGGUCCUAGACUGUCGGAGAAUGCUGGAGAGAAAUUAAAAAAUCGGUACAUACUGAUGCGAGGAGGAACCCGUGAAGCAGAGAACCAAUCUGAAAAGAGACUGGCAAUUCCCAUUACCGUAAG